AUGACCCUGCAACCAUUAACUCCAGUGAACUGUGCAGGCCUCCUACAGCCCGGCUGCUCUCUGCUACAGCUGGAUGGUGAAGUUCUUUUGUUUGGCCAGAAAGGAUGGCCCAAGCGCUCAUGUCCAACAGGGGUAUUUGGGGUUCGGGUUAAAUGUGGUGAGAUGAAGUUGAGGGCCAUCUCCUUCUCCAAUGACUCAUGCUAUCUUCCUCCAUUACGCUGUCCAGCUGUGUGCCGCCUCGACCCCUAUGAUGGGCUUCCAGAGAGUUAUCUCAUCCACGGGGGCCGCACCCCAAAUAAUGAGAUCUCAUCGAGUCUGUAUCUGCUGACCAUGGAUAGCCGUGGUUGCAAUCGUAAACUGACCUUGUGCUGCAAAGAGAAAGAACUGGUGGGAGAACUGCCAGGGGCCAGAUACGGCCACACAAUGAGCAUGAUUCAAAGCCGAGGAAAGACAGCUUGUGUAUUGUUUGGGGGUAGAUCCUACAUGCCUGCAGGAGAGCGGACCACAGAGACCUGGAACAGUGUCGUCGACUGUCCUCCUCAGGUGUUCCUGUUUGACUUGGAGUUUGGUUGCUCCUCUGCUCACACUAUACCUGAACUCAGCGAUGGACAGUCUUUCCAUUUGGCCUUUGCCAGAGAAAACUGCGUCUACUUCCUCGGGGGUCACUCGCUCACCUCUGACUCCCGCCCCCCUCGACUCUUUUGCCUGCGCAUUGAGCUUCUGCAGGGCAGCCCCUUGCUUUCUUGUGAGACUCUGGACACUGGCAUAUCCAUCUCUAGUGCUAUAAUCACCCGUACAGGUCCUUCUCACAGAUAUAUCAUCUUAGGUGGGUAUCAAUCAGACUCUCAGAAGAGGAUGGAGUGCAGCACUGUGAUUCUGGAUGAGAAAGGAAUCCACUUUGAGCCCUUGGAACCACCAAAUUGGAUCCCAGAUAUCAUCCAUAGUCGUACUUGGUUUGGCGGCAGUGCCGGAGAGGGAAGCGUCCUACUUGGUGUACCCACUGAGGGAAGGCCAUGCCAACAAGAUAUGCAUUACUUUUAUCUGGUGAGCUUCCAGACACAGGGAGAAGGCCAAGAGGAAGAAGGAACCCAGGGCUGCAGCCAGGAGUCAACAGAUUACGAUGACUCCACUCCUCUUGAAGACUCUGAGGAGCUCUACUUUGGUCGUGAGCCACAUGAGCUGGAGGACAGCAGUGAUGGAGAAGGGGAUACUUACAAUGAGGACGAUGAAGAAGAUGAAUCACGAACAGGCUAUUGGAUCAAAUGCUGCCUGGGCUGUCAGUUGGACCCCAACAAGUGGGAGCCAUUCUACUCCACUGAGCUCCACCGACCAGCCAUGAUCUUCUGCUCCAGGGGGGAGGGUGGGCACUGGGUCCAUGCCCAGUGUAUGGAGCUGUCUGAGACCCUGCUGCUAAGGCUCUCUCAGGGCAACAAAAAGUACUUCUGCCUGGACCAUGGAGGCUUGCCUUACCAGGAGAUGACCCCACCUCGACAGGUCAUGCCUUUGAAGCGUACCCCCAUGAAAGUUAAGGACAGGAAAACUCCGAUAAUCAAGAUGUCCCUUGCCAAAAAAAACUUUUUCAGAAGACUUUUUGACUGA